UGUGUUAAGAGUGCAAGACACUCUUAGCAACCUUCGCUGAUAUUGUCAUUCAUAUUCUACAUAAGCUGAACCAAGGUAAUGCUGAAUUUACUGCAGUAGGUCUGUUUAACAAACCACUUCCUUAUGCACUUUGUCUUACAAUCAGCUGUAAUGCCCUUCCAGAAUGAGUAGAAGCACAGGAAACACAUUUAAGUUGAAGAAGCUGGUGCUAAAUUGUCUUGUUUAAUGUCAGCAGGAAGCUGUGUCCAAAACUGCUCUACAUAGCGUCACCUACAAACUAGCGGAUUUCAAACAUUUUUGUGUGAGUGAUGAGUUCCAUCUAUCUAGAGCGACGCAAAAGUUCUAGCCUGCCUAAGCAGGCUCCAAGAUAUUAUGGAAUUACAUCACCAAUUAGCUUGGCUUAUCCAAGGAACAUUGAUUUAAUUCAAACUCAGAGGCUGAUCGAAGCAAUGAAGCCAUUUGAUGUGUUUGAAGAUGAUAAAGAACUCAAUCACAGGUUCGUUGUUCUUGGCAAACUGAACAAUCUGGUCAAAGAGUGGAUUGCUGAACUUGGUGAAAGCAAAAACCUUCCUCCCUUAGUGCUAGAAAAUGUCGGUGGAAAGAUCUUUACAUUUGGAUCUUAUAGACUUGGAGUACACACAAAAGGUGCAGACAUAGAUGCUCUUUGUGUUGCCCCCAGGCAUGUUGAAAGAUCAGAUUUUUUUCAGUCUUUCGUUGACAAACUUAAACAGCAGGAGGCAAUAAAGAAUCUAAGGACAGUUGAGGAUGCGUACGUGCCGGUGAUCAAGUUUGAGUUUGAUGGCAUUGAGAUUGACCUGGUGUUUGCAAGAUUAUCAAUGCCAACUGUUCCUGACAAUCUGGAUCUUCAAGAUGACUCAUGCUUGCGUAGCCUGGAUAUCAGAUGCAUACGAAGCUUAAAUGGCUGCCGGGUUACUGAUGAAAUUUUAAAUCUUGUGCCAAAUAAAGAGAACUUCCGUCUCGCACUCCGUGCAAUUAAACUCUGGGCAAAAAGACGUGGCAUUUAUUCCAACAUUCUGGGAUUCCUCGGUGGUGUUUCCUGGGCAAUGCUUGUGGCCAGAACAUGCCAGCUCUACCCAAAUGCUUCAGCUUCAACUCUUGUCAAUAAGUUCUUCUUGAUUUUUUCAAAAUGGGAGUGGCCAAAUCCCGUCUUGCUCAAAAAACCAGAAGACAGCAACCUUAAUUUGCCAGUGUGGGACCCUAGGGUGAACGUAUCAGACAGAUACCAUGUAAUGCCUAUCAUCACGCCUGCCUACCCGCAGCAGAACUCCUCCUACAAUGUAUCUAUGUCAACGCGAGCAGUAAUGGUAGAGGAGUUUAAACAUGGACUUGCAGUCACAAACGAGAUUCUUCAAGGCAAAUGUGGGUGGUCCAAGCUAUUUGAACCAAUGAACUUCUUUAGGAAGUACAAGCACUACAUUGUGCUGACUGCUAGUGCCUCUACUGAAAAACAUCACUUGGAGUGGAUUGGUCUGGUUGAAUCAAAAGUUCGUGUUCUGGUUGCCAAUUUAGAAAGGCAUGAAUUUAUCACCAUUGCACAUGUGAAGCCACAGGCUUUCCCUGGCAAACAGAGUGAAUGUGCGUCAAUGUGGUUCCUUGGAAUAGUAUUUAAGAAACUAGAAAAUGCAGAAAGGGUUAACAUUGAUUUAACCUCUGUUAUACAGUCAUUCACAGAUACAGUUUAUAGACAAGCCAACAGCCUUAACAUGCUAAAGGAAGACAUGAAGAUUGAGGUAGCUUAUGUGAAGAGAAAACAUCUCCAUUAUUUUUUGCCUGAAGAAACCUUACAGAAAAGAAAGAAGCAAAGCAUGCCAGAUACUAGUCAAAAUGUUAGUGGGCGUCCCUGCAAAAGGACAUCUUCAGAUAGAAGCUGUUUGGACAGUUCUAAAGGCGUGGACUCCACAACAUCAAAUAAUUCCUCUCCAUUAAAUAAGAUACCUAAACUGGACAACUCUGCAGCAGAGACAGAAAGAAAUGCUCCGUGUCAGAGAUCCGACAGUCCUAACCACAGGGAGAAGAUGCCUUCUGUUGAUGUGCCAUCAGUGUCUACAGGACUCUCCUCUCCUGCUACUGAUACAAAAAUGGAGGCUGCAGCUGCAGUAGGAACAUCAGGACCUCCAGUUGUUUGUGCCAACCCAGGACAUAAUGCAGCUUCUCAAUUCAGAGCACGUUUUGUCCAUGGACAGCGUGAAUUAUGUGAGACUUCAAGUACAGACCCUAGGAAGGCUGCACCUAAACGACCUUAUUCGCCAACCUCUGAAGAAUGUUCUUUGCCUGCACUGGAAGAAUGCCCCAAGAAAAGAGUACACAAAGAAAAGUUAACUGGACAGCAUUCAGCAUCUGGAGUUGGUGGCAGUCCAGAAGAUGUUGGGAGCACAUCUACGGAAAAUGAUGUUCAUGGAGAAACCUCCAUGCAGAUUCCAGUUGUCAACACAUCAAGAUCACAGAGGCUCUCCAGUAAAGAACUCCCAGACUCUUCAUCUCCUGUUCCUUCAAAUAGUAUUCGUAUUAUUAAAAGAUCCAUCAAACUUACCCUUAAUGGGUAACCAGUAUCUCUUUUGGGUAAAGAACUGAACUCGGAACACGUAGAUGAAGAUGAAGCCGGGGCUGCUGAGACGAUACUACCCACAUGCAAGCUGCAGCCAUGAAAGCAACUGGUUCCGGAGAAAACCUGAUAGCUGUUCUAGAUAGUUAGAGGGAAACUUGUAGUAGUCUUAUGUCCAGGUCUGUAAACUGUAACACUGCUUACCCAGUUAAGUACAUUAAGAUUGUUUUGAGGGGUGGGGGGAAAUUCUGAUUGUAUGAAACAGAUAUAGUUACCUUGUUGUUGUAAUUUCUUCAUAAUUUGAUGGUUUUGUAAAUUAAAUAGUAUGUUUUUUUCCAGAGUAUUUUUGUAUGUACUGAAAAAUAAUAUCUUCCAAAGAGAAAUUGAAAA